GGUGAAAGAGGCAGAAACGUAUAUUCCAUUAAGAUGAACUGAAAGCAACAAUUCAUACAUGCAUCAACAUGUUGAGGCUACUGUUCCUCUUCUGUUCAUUCCAGGUGUUCUUGACUUUGAAAUCAGGUUCUCAUUCUUUCUGGAUGUUUCAUACAUUUAUAAAUGGCGAGACUCCAUUCCCAGAAUUCCAGACUAUAUUUAUGCUGGAUGACAUUCCGAUUGGAUACUACAACUCAAAUGACAACAAGCUUGUAAACAGAGGUGUGAAUGGCACAGAGAUACCACCCGAUGCCACAGACCUGGCAUAUACCCCUCAGUUGGCAUUCAACUACAGACUUAUGAAAAAUAGAGUCUCUUAUCUGACACAGAUUCUGAACCACACAAACAAGAGCUGCGGGAUGUCAGUUAGAGGGAAAUGACGACGUAGGAACUUUAAUGAGCAAAGACGCAUUCAACGGGGAGGCUGGAGAUGCCCGCUAUUACGAUCCACAAUCUGACAGCCUUCAUACUGACUGGGUGUGGCCAGACACAAUGGACAAUACCUGGCCUGGGGGUGUGCAUAUAGCUUAUGCAUUAUUCCAUCCCCACUGCAUUAACCUCCUGAAGAAAUACAAGGAGAGAGAGAAGAACCGUGUUCAUAAAAAGAUGAAGCCCAGAGUCAGGCUGCUCCAGAAGACACUCCCAGACUCUGGAGGGACCAAAGUGACCUGCCUGGCCACUGGUUUCUACCCCCGUCACAUCAACCUGACCCUGCUCAGAGACGGCCAGUCUGUGUCUGACCACCAGGUCACUGGGGGGGAGCUGCUACCUAAUGGAGAUGAGACGUACCAGAUGAGGAAGAGCCUGGAGGUCAGCGCAGAGGAACUACAGCAUCACCACUACACCUGCACAGCUGAACACCUCAGCCUGGACAACAAGCUGGACAUCAGUUUAGAUCAUGAGUGGGAUUCAGUCACCACCUCCAUAGUGUCCUCCGUGCUUACUGCUGCUGGGUUACUGUGUCUUGCUGGAGUCUUUGGCUUUAUCAUGUGGAGGAGGACCCAAACAGGUCAAGGCUCACAGACCUCUCUGCAGGUGAAAACAGAAGAGGAAUACACAAGUGUAUCAACCACAGAUGCAAAUUCUUGAAGACUUGUGAAGACCUGCGGCUAUCACCGCCUCAGAGAGACACAUUUCUGAAGGGGUUAAGGGCUGUCCCACCGUCAAAUCAAAAUGUGAAUUGGGCUCAUACUGUAGACUUUCUGAUAUUUAGAGUUAUGAUGGGACACCAUAGACAUAGGGGUCAAAACCCAGGGCCACGAGGAGAAGCCCUUUAGCAUUAAGAAAAUAACAAACCGUAAACAACCAUCAUAAAACUAUACAACAGAAUUUGUUGAAAUUUUAUGAAUUGUCCCUGUGAGAAACUGAAAUAUCCCUAAAAGACUUUAGCCUACCGUGCUGUUGGAGAAAUUAUUGAAACAUGUAUUCUCAUUUAUAUUGAUAAUCUGAAAAAGCAUAUUACAAGUUACAAUUGUUGAUCGGGUAUUUAUGUUCCCCUACAGUGAUUGAUGGUAUGUGUGUUCCUUUCCAUUGGAUGGGGGAAUUGUUGGCCAUCGUGAGUGGGGAAGAGUGUAGUUGCAUGUGUAGACUGUGUUCUGUGUGUGGUCGUGCUUUGUGGCCGAGGGUUCAUCUUUUUCAUGGAGAGGUCUGUUCAUUUGUAUCUUAAUGUGCCAAUCAGAUGUUUUUGUACACUUUGUACUUUUGUGCACAAGAUAAGGUUUCAACACUGUUGUGUAGUCCCUUUUACCUGAUUUAUCUAAGGGAACCGAAAGUUUCCCUAGGCCCAAGUUCUUGACCACAAGUUCUGUAUUUGUUGUUGAUUCAGAAAUAAUGUUCUGUUUGAAAGGUUCUCUCGGACACAUGUUUGGUGGGACAAAGGCCAGGGCUUAUUGUCCAAGUUUUAGCCAUGUGAUCAUGUCAAAGGGCAAACUAGAGACCCUAGAUACGUAAACUCUUGUAUAGAUACGUCAACCCUGGUAUAAAAGGAGGCCCCAGACUAAAAUUAUCAGAGUCUGGUAUGAACCAUUUUGUGUUGUAUCAUUCUCUCUCUUUGCAAAGAUAAUACAAUUGUGUUGUCCUUGGAA